UACAGACCCUCUUGUCCUACUUGUAUAACGCUUCUGAUGGAUGUGCGAAUCAUCACGUAUGAUUCGUAUCAAUCUGCCCCCACCCCGCUCGACAAGUCUGUCGUGACCAUAAACGGGAAAACUGAACCAUCGAUUACUAAAUUUUACAUCAAUCGUGUACCAAUAAUCAGGAUUUUUGGAAAGCUGCCCACAAACCACACCUGCUUGUUACAUGUUCAUGAUGUUUUCCCCUAUUUGUACAUCAACUUUCCGAAGGCAAAUGGAUGGGAUUUCUUAGCAUUGAGCCCUGAAAACAUUGCGGAGUUGGAUAGAUGGCUUGUGGAGAUAAACAAAGCUUUGUCCGAAUCUUUCAAAAAAAAGCACAAGAAACCUCGGACCUAUAGAAAGAAAGCAAAGCGUAAAUAUACUAAAGAAAGAGAUCCAGCAGAUCAAGUUUUGGGCGGCCAAGAUCACACCAAAGUUGAAAAUGAUUACCAAUAUGGUAACGGGGAGGUGGACGUGGACGUCGAUGAUCUUGAUGAUGAUGAUACUGAUGAUGAUGAUGAUUGCAGCAGUGACGAGAGCUGUAACGAUUUUUUUCAUUCGUACGUUUCAGAUCUGUCCAUAGUCACUGGAAUGCCAUUCUACGGUUACCAUUUGCAAAAUAUGACGUUUUUGAAAAUCAGCCUAACCUCUCCCAAAUACGUUACUAGGCUUGCAAGACUUCUCGGAGAGUCAAAAGUUUUUAACAAGUUCAUUCAGCCAUAUGAAUCUCAUGUUCCUUAUAAUUUACAAUUCCUCAUAGACUACAACUGCUAUACUUUGAAGGAGAUUAAUAUCACAGAUUAUAUCUGGAGAACUCCCUUAGUUAUAGUCAAUGACUCGUACAAUGUUGCUGCCUAUCAAACUUUUUUUGAAACCUACUUUACACGUUUCAAUUCUCAGAAAAUUGAUUCUAGCCUCAAAAAGUUUUUAAAUGAGCACUUAUACCCACUGAAUGGUAGGAUUAAUGUGUUAGAUCCUGAAAGUCUUCCCAGAAUUGGCCGUACCAUGGUGGAACUUGAUAUAGUUGCCGGGUGGAUUAUUAAUCGGAGCUCUCUUCAUGAAAGAAAGAUUCCCGGACUAUGCGAUAAUGUAUUGCUGGAUGAUAAGGUGCAGUAUAUCAGCUCAACCAAAUCAUUGUUAGAUGAUGUUGACAACGUGCGCAAAGGUAGAGGCUUGCAAAUUGGGGGUUCUCAACUAGGCCUUUUUGAUAAAACACCCCGCAGUGUUAGCUCUUCGGUAAGGUGGAAUGACCAAGAAGAAAUAGACAAGCUUUUCUCUAAUUGUGUGAAGCUGUCGGAAAAGUCGUAUUACGAAAAGUUUAAUGAUUCUGAAUUCACUCGGCUAAAAUCUCCUAAGCCUGAGGCAUCCUUUCCUUCCAGUUUUCAAAGUAUUGGUAUUUUACACCAUUUUCCUGAUCCUAAUCCAAAAUAUUUACUUAAUACCGAUAUGAUAGACACUAAAAGCGACGACAUAUUUGAUCAAAUAUUAAUAUGUUCCAAAUCCUUCACAUCCAAUAGUUCUUCAAUUAUAGAAAACCAGAACAUUUUUGACCUAACAGGCCAUAACAAUGUAGGGGACCCAUUCAGCUAUCCGAAGGAUGAAGUCAUCGAGUCUAGUACUGAAAAUGAAGAGGUUGAGAUAAUUGAUGAGUCUAAUGAAAUCAGUACCAACCCAGACCAUUCGGUGUCUAAUCUCACGGAAAAGUUACAGGGAGCAUCUACUUUAGAGGAAUCUGUUGUGUUUGACAAUUCUGAUCUUCGCUUUUUGGAAUCAACACAAUCAGACAAUAUCAAAAAAAAGCUCAGAGAACCAUCCAUUUUUACUCAGAGAGAAAAACUAUCUGCCCAUGAGAUUUUCACUAAUUAUUUCGAAGACUCAGAUCACGGGGAAAAAAUCUAUAGUUUUAACUUACAGCAGCCUAAAGUUCACAGCAAGGAUGAUUUUUUGAACUCUUUUCAAACGAAUUAUCAUAUGCUCAAAAUUGAAUAUCCUGACCCAUUUUAUUCCAAGUUGAGCAAUUUUGAUUCAAAACCUUUCAUAUUUGCAGGAGAAAAGUUUCAACUAAACUGUACUGAAGUUGAUACCAAUCUUUACCCCUCAGGCACUCAGCUAAAUACUUUUACCAAGGGGACAGACGAUUUAUUCAUUUGGAAUUAUACACCUAAAAUGCCUUCCCCGGCAGAUGUAAAAAGUUGGCUAGACACUGAAAAAGUUUUAGAUCCACCUUCUUUUGUAUUCCACUCCCAAAUCAGGGGACCCACUCAAAAAUUUAAAGGUUUCAGAUAUGCAUCUUUGAAAACACCACCAGAGAGAAUGGCUAAUAGCAGCUUGACCAUGGACCAGCUUUUGUUAAUUGUUGAGAUACAUAUCAACACUAGUGGUAAUAAGAUGCCGGAUCCUAAAGUGGAUGCGAUAUGUGCAGUGUUCUGGAAAACUAAUAUCGAGAACUUUACGUUUGACCAGGAUUUUCCGGCAAGUGGUAGUCUGGUAAAUACUGAUGGCAACAUUGCAGAAGAGCUUUCAAAAAUUUCUAAUCAAACUGAACUGUCUAUUACUCGCUAUGACAGUGAAUACGAGAUGCUAAUUGGACUUGUUUCUUUGGUUGAAUAUCUUGAUCCUGAUAUACUUGUUGGAUUUGAAUUGCAUUCCUUAUCUUGGGGCUUUAUUCUUGAAAGAGCAAAGUAUAAGUUCAAGAUUGAUUUGUGUCAAAGACUUUCUCGUGUCGUGUUUAAACACAAUAACAAAAUUGGCGAUAGGUGGGGCUAUACGCAUGCUUCUGGAAUCAGAAUCACGGGAAGGCAACUAUUCAACUUAUGGAGGAGGCUGCGAAGUGAAUUGAAUUUGAAUCAUUACAGCUUGGAAAAUAUUAUUUUUCACAUAUUUCAUGUAAGAAUUCCAACCUUUUCUUGGAAACAGUUGACAAAUUGGUGGGUUAGCGGCCAGGGAAAAUAUCUCAGCUACGUUAUCAACUAUCAUAAUUCUAGAAUAGAAUACGAAAUGGAGCUGAUUACAAAACUAGAAAUAGUAGAAAAAAUAAAUGAACAAUCUAAAUUGUUAGGUAUUGAUUUUUACUCAAUGAUUUACAGAGGAAGUCAGUUCAAAGUGGAGUGUUUGCUUGUUAGAUUAGCCAAAGCUGAAAACUUCAUGCUAAUAUCCCCAUCAAAAAAGCAAGUUUUUAAACAGGACUCACUUGAGUGCAUCCCUUUAGUUAUGGAGCCUAAUAGUGCUAUGUUCAAGAGUCCACUUGUUGUUCUUGAUUUCCAAUCUUUGUAUCCUUCGUUGAUCAUAGCAUACAAUAUCUGUUACUCCACUAUGUUGGGGAAAUUGAAAAACUACGAUCCAUAUAAGUAUACUAAAAUGGGUGUCACGAACUACAAAACACCCGAAGGCAUUUUGAAACUCUUGGAAAGCGACAUCAAUAUAUCACCAAAUGGUGUUAUGUUUGCUAAACAAAAUAUCAGGAAAUCCGUACUUGCAAAGAUGUUGACUGAAAUUUUGAAUGCAAGGAUAUAUAUCAAAAGCACCAUGAAUGAAUUCAAAGACGACGAUGUACUUCGGAAACUAUACAACAACAGGCAACUGGCUUUGAAACUAAUUGCUAAUGUGACAUAUGGAUAUACUUCCGCAUCUUACUCUGGAAGAAUGCCAAAUUCAGACGUUGCGGAUGCAAUUGUUUCAUGUGGUCGUGAAACAUUGCUAAAGGCUGUUAAAGAAAUUGAAAAGACCUCCAAAUGGGGUGCUAAAGUUGUCUAUGGUGACACUGAUUCUUUGUUUGUUUAUCUACCGGGAAAAACUAAAGCUGAUGCAUUUAGAAUUGGUAAAGAAAUGGCUAAUCAUGUAACAUCAUUGAAUCCAGAACCGAUUAAGCUUAAAUUCGAAAAGGUCUACUUACCCUCUAUCCUUGUGAGUAAAAAAAGAUACAUUGGUUGGUCUUUUGAACAUGAGAGUCAAGUAAAUCCAAAAUUUGACGCCAAAGGUAUUGAAACUGUUCGCAGAGAUGGGAUUCCUGCUCAGCAGAAAAUACUCGAAAAAGCAAUUUUGAUACUUUUCGAAACAAAGGACAUUUCUCAAAUAAAAGAUUAUAUUUUGGAUGAGUUCUUGAAAAUCGUAAAGAACAAAAUUAACUUGCAAGACUUCCUUUUUGCGAAAGAGGUAAGAUUGGGAACGUACAAAAAUGAAAAGUAUAUACCUCCAGGUGCUCGACUGAGUAUGAAAAGGGUCCAAAAGGAUCACAGGUCAGAACCUCAAUACAAAGAACGUGUUUUUUACUUAGUGAGAAAAGGUCAUAACAAAGAAAUUCUUAGAGACAGGUGCGUUUCUCCCGAAGACUUCCUGAAUAAUGCAGCCUUAGAACUCGAUUCUGACUACUAUAUUAAUAAAGUAUUGAUUCCGCCGCUGGAAAGAAUAUUUAAUUUGUUUGGCGUGGAUGUUAGAGCUUGGGUGAAAGAAAUUCCAAAAAUGUUAUCAUACACAGGUGUCGGAGUGACGCUGCUUAAUGUCAAAGUGGUAUCAUGUGUAUGUUGCCAUAAAAGUGAGAAUCUGAAGACCAGUGAUGAUUCGAGCCUUUGUGAGAAUUGUAAAAAAGAAGAAUUAAGGACUGCGCUGACACUGAAGAAUAGGCUAAAAGUAAAAGAAACGAAUUGUAUGAAUUACAUCAACUUUUGCAGAUCAUGUUCCGCCUACGCAGUUGGAGAAGCUGUAAAUAACAAGGUUGCAAAAAGUUGCUGCAAUGUGGAUUGCAGUGUAUACUAUACUCGGAUGAAAGUAACGAGAACAACCGAUGUCAUGAUACGAAAAUACCAAAAAAUACCCGAUUGGUGAUCAAAUGUUUAUCAAACAAUAUAGAUUUAUGUAGGAAAAAAUAAGGACAAGCUAUAAACAUCGUAGGCUAGUUUUAGAAAGAGUCAUGAGUUUGGGUCAUUAAGCUCCUUUAGUAAGGAAAGAUCAAGUUCCUUUAGUUU